AAGCCUAGAGGUUUGUAUAUUGGGUUUAAAAUUUACUCCUAUCUGCUGACAUGAUAUUAGACUGUGGCUAAGUAAUAUUUACCUGAAACAGUGAACUACAUGACACGUUAAAAUGCGCAUGUGAAAGCUAAUUAUCUUUAGUUCAGAAUAACAAAAGUUGGAUAUUUAUUAAAUCAUGCAUUUCAUACACCGUGUUUUGCUGUAUAUUGCAAUUCUUAUAGUAAUACAUUUUACAUAUAAGAUAAGCUAUGAAGUUGGGAUUUCUAAGAGUUGUAACAUAUCACAAAGGGAAUUCAAUCUGUAUAAAAUAAGACAAAACAUGUACCUUUUACCUCCAGACUAUGAGAUUGACAAAAUGGACAACAACAUGCUGUAUGAAAUAUAUUGGAAGUAUAUGAACACAAUACAAAUAGUUUGUAACAUGCAACUGAGACUUGGCCCCUUUCAACGCUCAAGUGGAUACCAAUCAUGCAUAGAUGAGCUCCCGAAACAAUGCCUUAUUUACUCUUUUGGGUCAUCCUUUAAUUUUGAUUUUGAAAGCAGUGCAUGGAAAUACUUAGGCUGUGAAAUACACACAUUUGAUCCAAGUAAGCCCAUUCAAAACAGAUGGAUUCCAAAGUACACAGCAUUUCAUCUUAUCGGACUUUCAAACAGAAAUGAAAUAAACAACAAUGGCUGGACAAUGAAAACACUAACUGCAAUUAAAGAUCAGUUAUCGCAAGAAAAUAAAACUGUAGAUAUCUUAAAACUUGAUAUAGAAGGUUAUGAAUGGAAAGUUCUUCCGGAAUUGUUCCUGUCAAAACAGCUGAAAUACGUGAGACAAAUUUUGAUCGAGAUUCAUUUUGGUUAUAUAUUUUAUCAGAAAGGAAAAAACAGAACUUUUUCAGAAACAGAACUAUUUGGAGAUGUAUCAAUGCAAUACCAAUUAAAAGUCCUUCGGCAAUUAUUUCGGGAAGGUUUUCGUAUAUUCUCUCAUGAGCCACAUGUGCCUUCAUAUAUAAAUAUUAAAAAUCAAAAUAUAUGGAGUUUAAAUGUCAUAUCUUUUUUAAAUAUUAACUUAAUUUGAAUGUAAUAGUAUUCAAAUUAGUUCUAUGAUUAGUUAUAUAAAAAUCUACUAAUGACAUGAAUAAUGCUUACUUUAUUAAGCAUGUCGCAGUAUGUAACAAAAUAGUUUCAGAAAAGGCUUACAAUAAUAUGUUGUAGAGUAAAAUAACCGUAUAGAUAAAUAUCUUUAAUAUAUUGGUUGUUUUAUGUCAUUUUCCUCUUUUAUGUUCAGUCUUGUGUUCCGAACUUUUGUUAAAUUAUAUAUAUUAUAUAUAUAUAUAUACCAUAUUGGACGAGCAGUUAGUCGAGUAUAUUCUCUCAUGAGCCACAUGUGUAUAUAUAUAUAUAUAUAUAUAUAUAUCCGCCUCUUACUAAUAUUUAUGCAAGAGUCUUAUUUUAAUCAAACCACAAAAUAAUUAUUCAGAAAUCAAUGUCUUCAAAAAAACUCAUUUUUGAUAUUAAGCAAAAUAAUGUCACAUAUAUUAUUUUUAACAUGACUUUUUUUUAUUAUUUUAUAUCUAUCUUAUUUUAGAUUAAAAAUAAUUCACUGCAUAUUGUACUUCCGACUUUUCUGUAUUUUCCCAGCUUGGUAUGAGUGCAAAUAUAUAUUGUACAGUUAGUUAGUUCUAGAAUAACGUUUUUAUUCUUUAUUUAUUUUAAUUCAUUAAGAAAAUACGUGAUUCAUUAAAUGUUGUAUUUUCUGUUUUCGCCAGGAACAUUCCUGCAUCUGAUGAUUUUUUAUCGUAUUUUUUAGGCUUUUGAUCAUUUAUAAAUGUGUUUAUAUCCAAAUGGGACAUCAUUGCCAUGAUUUGUACUUUUGUUUUCAUGUUUACAAACAAACUACAAAAAAAUCCUGAUUUCAAGACGCAUAAUCAAACUCUGUAAAUAAAGCGCCUACUUUAUCUGAUUCGGAAUAUUUUCUCGCGUUUUGUGCUUUAUCGUAUAUUUAACACGGGACUGUUUAACCGUCAAAGUACGGAAAAAAAUCAAUCUAUAUUGUAAACACGUUCGUCCUAUACUUUUAAAUAUUUUACGGUCACCUGUUGCAAAUACAUGUUCACAAUUGGAUAAAUAAAAUAGUUAUAGAAUAACUGAAUAUAUUACAUAUACAUUCAGGUGUUUAUAAUAUCGAAUGCAAGGAGCGUAUGCUUAUUUUUGAAAAAAUAAAAAAUGUUGGCCAU